UAAACGCCGAAAACUUCGCUCGAUGCCGGCGGAAAUAUACACGAAGAAGGGAACAUGGCUACUCACGACGACGAUGACGAAGACGACAUAAACCCCGUCACGAUGAUACUACCAGAUGAGCAAGACGAUGCAAAGAUAUUCCGUACAAUACAAGAGGUUGUAUCGGAGCAACAUCUACAGCAGCAUUACGUCCGUUCAAUCGACUCAACGUUGUUCAUCAGGCAGCUCCCUUCCCAAGGCCUCUCCUUCCAGCUCUGGCCCGCCGCUACCACUCUUGUCACUCUACUCGAUCAACACCGCUGUCAGCCUACCAAUAACCCCCUAUCUCCCACCCUGCUCGGUCAUUGCCGCCCUCUCAACAUCCUCGAGCUCGGCUCCGGAACCGGUCUCGUCGGGAUCGCCGCCGCGGCCACUCUCGGCGCUAAUGUCACGGUCACCGACCUCCCACACGUCAUUCCGAACCUCCUGUUCAAUGCGGAGGCAAACGCCGACGUUAUAACCGCGAACGGAGGGGCCAUACGCGUGGAGCCGUUAAGGUGGGGAGAGGCCGAUGACGUGAAGCUGAUUGGGCGGGAUUUCGAUCUAAUUCUGGCCUCGGAUGUAGUUUACCAUGAUCACUUGUACGAUCCGUUGCUCGAAACAAUGCGCCUGUUGCUGUUGGACAGCGAGGGUGAAAACGGAAGAGCAAAGGCGUUCGUGAUGGCCCAUUUGAGGAGGUGGAAGAAGGACUCGGCUUUCUUCAAGAAAGCCAAGAAGCGGUUUCAGGUUGAGGUUCUCCACGUGGAUAGUCCAUCCGAGGGAUGUAGGGUUGGAGUGGUUGUUUACCGGUUUGUUGAGAAGCUUAUGAAUUCGAAUUCUGGUAGCUCGGCAAGCAAUUCUUCAUGAUCAAGAAUGUUUCGCUUGUUUGUUUGCCAAGAAAUUCUCACCUCCGCGUGUCGUCGCCAUAUAUUGAAUUUUCAAGAUUUUUGAGGCUGAAAUAAUUAACGAAUCA